AUGGGCGCAAGAUUGCGUCACUCCUACAUUUUGGCAUCAGUAAUUACUGCCGUUGCAUUUGCUGCGGCUGAGAAAGGCCAGCGCCCUGCUCUCAAGAGAUUUAAUAAAGAAGGAGCUAGGGCAUUAUGCAUCAUGUAUGGCCUUGCGGGAUCCAUGCAAAGUGUUGCGGAUGGUAUUUUAAAGAGUAUGCACGAUAAAAUCGCUUAUAUUGAAGAAGCAUUCGUUCUGAUUAAAGCUAGGCAUGAGGAGGUUGUUCAGAUGGAGCGUGAGGAAGGUGAGACAAUAGAAGAUGCGGCAAAGUUUAGCAGGGCAAAGAAGGAGCUAGAGGAUGCACUUGAAGUUCUCGACUGGGGCCAAAGAAAGCUAAAGGAGCAACAUGAAAUUAUUGCUGGCGCUUCCCGCAAAGCCGUGGAACACGCAAAAAAGGCAGUGGGGGAUUCUGAGAGCAAAGGAAUGAAUAAGGUACUGACGAUAUACUGCAAUACAACAAUUACUGGUGCAAAGGAAGGUAAGAAGAGUCAUAAUGUGAAUAAUAACUGCGACGAUGGCAUUGCUGCGGCUGCUGGAGCCGGUGCCUUCAGAAUUGAUUGUAAGAGUAUUGGAGGUUCUGAUAAUGUGACUGCUGCUAACGUCACAUAUGAGGCCAUGUCGAAUGCAAUAAACGCUUGGGAUGGUGCAAAACCGGGGCUUGCAGCUGUUAAACAUACGAGCAAGCAAUGGAAUGCGAGUUGCAUAAGUCACGGAUAUGCUUCAGAGGGUCCGUGUACGGUGCCUGAGGAGGAAUGGACGGGAGAUUAUAAUUCUUCCCUACAUGAACUUAAGAAGUUGGAGGAGGCAACAAAAAGUGUUCAUAACGCUGCUGAGGGUAUGAAAACGCAGACGGGUGAUGUGGUGCAGCGGCUGAUGCGAUCCUCCAACUUAAAUCGUAAUGAUUCUCUUACGGAACCAUUGGUCCCGGCACCCGACAGUUCGGAUCGCGGCACGGACAUUGUUGGUUAUCUUGUUGCCGUUGCCAUUUGCUUUGUGGCUAUAGUGCCCGCAACUAGUGUAUUACUUUUGCUAAUGAAUCGUCGCGGGUUUAACAGAGGUAGCGCUUUUGGGACCAAGAGGUCAGGGUCUCGACUCAUGAUAUAG